AAUCGGAUAAACUUUAUAAACGUUGUUGCUCUCCUUUUACCGAUAGUUUUUGUACAUAUUUUUGCAUUUAGGAGCUUUAUUUUAUCAUUUUCGUAAACCUAGUGUUUCUAAUUGUAAAUUAUGCCAAGAAAGAAAGGAUCUAGUCAACAAAAGACACAGGAAGUGCUGGUGAAUUUGGAUUGCGAGUGGAGAGAUUGUCAACAUCAAAUUCCUUUUCAUAACAAUGGAGAUUUUCUGGACUUUUUGUCUCAUGUAGAACAACAUCUUCAAGAAAUUUUACCAGGAUAUAAAAACAGGCAUUCUCUAGACAGCAUUCCUGAAGAUUUUGUAUGUCCUUGGAGAGAUUGUGGCUGGGAUGCUCCCCAAAGUACCAACGAACUCAUCCGCCAUGUUUUAUUCCAUCCUUUCCACACCAACAUCAAAGCUGUUGGAGCGAAAAGAAAAGUAACUGCGAAGUUAAGUGAUUGUACUCUGGAUCCUCAAGGAAAAAACUUAGUUCCUGAUCUUCAAAAUCCAUUUGUUUGUGAAUGGAAAGACUGCGAUUUAGAGAUUAAUUGUCCUUAUUGGUUUUAUCUACACGUUGAAAGUCAUGUCAUGGCGCUKGAUGCACAAAGAAUUGAUGACGAAAAAGGCGAUAAUCAAGUCUUUUUUGCUUGUGAAUGGAAAGGAUGUAAAUCUACUGCWAAGAACCAUUACAAACUAAAGGAACACUGCCGUAGUCAUACUCAUGAGAAAGUGUAUGCUUGUUCAACDUGUGGAGGGAUGUUUGCAAGCAUGUCAAAGUUUACUGACCACUUGACAAGACAGAAUACAUCUGAAUAUGAGAAGUACCAGUGUUCUCAUUGUCUUAAAUACUGUGGCUCCCAAAGGAUCUUACGUGACCAUAUGAGGCACCAUGUGAACAACAUCAAGUGUACAUUCUGUGAUAUGACAUGCCCCAAYCAAUCAGCUCUGAAACAGCACAUUAAGUUUCGUCAUUCUGACGAGAGGCCAUAUGAGUGUGAUCUAUGUUCAUCCAGGUGGAAGACUGUUUCUGAUCUGCGUCGUCAUCGAGAAUGUCACAAUUCUGUCUUAAGUUUUCAAUGUUCUGUAGAGGGAUGUGAUUUUUCAGCUCGGUCUGUUCAAACYCUGAAGAGACACUUCAAGGUUGAACAUGAGGGAGAGGAAUUAGCCAAGUAUGAAUGUCAUAUAUGUAGAGCAAGGUAUACCAGAGGAACAGGACUGACCCAACACCUCAAAUCAAAGCACAAGUUUAGAUGGCCUUCAGGACAUCCAAGGUUCAGAUACAAGGAGCAUGAAGAUGGAAUCUGGAGGUUACAGACAGUCAGAUUUGAGAGCCUCCAACUGUCUCAGCAGUUCAAUGAUGAUGGCACAAAUAUGAACGACGAAAAUUCAAGUCAGGUGACAUCCUCUCCCACCGAAUUUAGUUACCUCCAGUUCGAGACUUUAGAUUCUCCUAGUGUUGCAUCACUUGGCACAAGUAAUGGGGUCUUUCACACCACAAACAACCAGUAUGUCUUUGUAAAUAAUGGGGAAAAUCUUGACGGGGACAGUACAUGUAGCAGUGACAAUGGUAUGGAAGAAAGGAGUCGAACAAUGCAAAAGAGCAUCRCACAAAAUGGAUUCCAGUACAUAGUUGUACCACGUGAAAAUGAACUAGAGGAAGAAAAUUCUGUAAAUGUGCAGAGCCCAGGGAUUAAUACUAGUGGAGAAAAUACAUCUGGUCCAUUAAGAAACAAAAUUUCUACGGUACGACAUCAUCCAUAUCAACGCCCACCAUCACCCUCUUUAGAUGUACCACAGACUUUAUUAGCCUUACAAGAAGCAGCUUUGAGACUUGCUUCACAAAAACAAUAAAUUCUACGAAUAAGAAUUCGAGAUUUAUUCAUAGUUUCAAAUCGAGAAAAUUAAUUCAAAUACUGGGUUCAUUUGUUCAAGCAUUGUUAAUAUUAUGCCCAGUUUUUUUGUUGUUGUUGUUGUUGUUUUUUUGAAAGAAUUUUAUUAUCUAUGAAAAAUUUAAUAGAUUUAAUAUUUUCCCAUUUUAGACCACUAAUAUUUAUGUAUGUUCUCAAGUGUUAGAGUGCAAACAAUUAAUCCAUGAAACACUAAUUAYUAAAUAGUACAAAAUAGUGCUAGUUAAACAAUAGAAAACAAUGGAAUUUGCAUGAAAUUGUGCUAUUUAGUAUUWCUAARGUUUYRYGGUUAUAUURUUUGCACUCUACUGGAAARCAAAGAAAUAAUACUCAAGAGAAUUUAACUGGUCUAACAUGAAAUGGGAAACAUUARAUGCAAGUUAWAUMGGUYGUUUCAAAAUUWAAUAUGAUGAAAAUUUGACAAUAUUCACACAGUCCUUUUAAGUGUGUAUUUAUAUUCUCAUGUUUCURUUCACCCGAGCCAAGUUAAUCUAUUUUGAGCUGAUGUGUUAGAAUGUAAGUGRYCCCAAUUUCCCCUCCAMACUCAGUGAGRGCRAGUGUUUUGUGAUUCCUGUGGACGYAGAGGAUUUGGAGGGAAAAGUGGGACYSCUYRCAGUCUACUGAGGUGUAGUWAUUUCAUGACUAGCACUGAGCUUGAAUAAGUCAGUUUAAAUAUUGAAUCUGGCUCUAUUUUUACUAAAGCUAUAUUUAUAUGCUCKUAUUUGUAACUAUCAGAUUGUCAGGGCCUGUUUAGCACUAAACCAGAUCUUUAUAACCAUUACACAUUCACAGAAAGUCCCAAAAAUUACCUGAUUGAAAGUUUUUAAAUGUUACAUUUUCUGCAWUGUUCAUACUUGAAAAUAAAGUUUUCACUUUUCUCUAAAAA